ACAUCUAUUCGGCUUAGUGCAAAAUUACCUUGGUACCGUAUGUGAGGACCGUUAUGGGCCCCUAUCCGCACGAGGGGAGGAUCAGAUCGAGGAUAUAAGCAUCAAGCGGAGGAAGGGUGAGAAGAAAACUAUUAGCAUGUCAAAUGAUAUAUACGAUAUGUACGUAUACCUUAGAGGUCUUACUGACUUUUUCCCACGUAGCGUUUUGUCACCCACAAGUCGUAUGCCUGAAGGGCUUGGGCGGAGCACUGACACACAACGUGCAUCUGUGAGUGAAUCUGGGGGCAGUGCGACCAGUGGCAGUGGUAACGAAGCGCUAGCCCAGGUAUGCAUAUUGAAUGCGGCUAAUGUAGAGCUCACCAAAGAAAUACAACAGCACAACAAGCAGUUUGCGGACAUAAAAUGUCAACUUGACCAGCAGGCCAAACAGAUCGGGGAGCUCAUAACAGAAAUUGACCGACUUCGAUUACUGAGUGUGCCUUCGUCCGUAGCAAAGGAACUUCAGCAAAUAGGAAAUCCUACCAAAGGUACGAAUUUUUCAACCGAUAAUCUCCAAGUUUGUCAACUACCCAGUGACCAGACCACAAAUGCUGAUGUUUGUUCUGAAAUCAAAACAAACCAAGUUGCCCCGCUUUCAAGCAAAUUAGCUGAUGUUUGCCUUAAUACCAAAACAAACCAAGCUGGCCAGCUUCCAAGCAAAUCAGCUGAUGUUUGUCCUAACACCAC